GCGAAGAAGAAUCACUGUUUACUGCACUGUGUUUAAACAGUGUUAGCAUGACUUCACUUGCUCAGAUUUAGACAUGAUUUCUCAUUUCAACAUUAAUUCUGAGACUAAAACAUGAACGACACGGAGAAACGAGAGCGCGUUCAUUUUCUGUCCGACUCUUCGGCGCCGAUGAAGCAGACUUUAGGAGACAGUGAGCAGACAGAAGAUGACAGACGGACAGCCGUGGAGAAGAGAGGACCAUACAUCAUGUCCAAAGCUCCGACAUUACACAUGAAACUUCAGAAACAGAGAGACGCUGCCAGAACAUCCCUAGAGAAGAGAGGCUUCAGUUCAGACAGACCUGUGCUUCAACAACCCCGACACAAACUGAAGACUAUGAUGUUUAAUAAGGGAUACACUGCUCUGAGUCAGACAGGAGAAGAUUAUCUGAUCACUCUGGAUUCAGACAGUGAGACAGAACUGGACUGUUCGUCUGGAUAUUCUUCAGCUGAGGUGCAUCCAGACCUGAGCAGACAGCUGUUGAAGGACGGUUAUCAUCUGGAUGAGAUACCUGAUGAUGAAGAUCUGGACCUGAUCCCCCCCAAAGCCCUGACUCCAUCUGUCUGCUGCUGUUCACAUACUUCAUCCUGUUGUGUGCAGUGAUGGACGCCAGUACUGAACACUCAAUCUGAGAUGACUGGAGAAGAACUGCAUUGACAUGUUACACUUCUGUGAGGUCACUUCUGCUUGUGAAACAAAGUUUCUCCUGGAAAUUUUUUAAAUCAUUUAUUUUAUUUGUCAUACUUCAAUCCCACAGUUCUUUCAUGAAAACACACCUAACCUAUAAAUUAUAUUUUGUGUGAAAGAAUAUGAAGCUUUUUUUAGUCAUUAGGAUUUUUUGCAGAGAAACAUUUUUCUGACAAUGAAGCACUGCAGUAGAAAUACUGUAAGAUUAUUUAUUUAAAUCAGAAUACAGUAAAAGUAGUUAGACAAAUGCUACAAUAAUGCGUAACAACAUGAUCAUUUAAACAUUAUUGAGUCAUCUUUUCACAUGGCACAUAUGAAAGAUGGGGUAAUAUGCUGUUUAAGAUGUAACAGUGAAAAACUCUUCAUGUUUCUUGACUUAAUAUUCUUCAGGAAAAAAUCUUGUAUAUUUUUUACUCGGCUAUAGAGUUUCAUUACUUGAAGACAGGAUUUGGCAGUUUCUGUGUUUUCUCUGCGAUGAAAAUUGUGUUUAGUAAAGUUUUCAUAAUGUAUUGCCUUUGUAAACUUUUCAAGCUUUGCGAAUUCAUCAAAAAACACAGAACUUAAAGCUUUACAGUAGAGAUGUGUGUUCUGACUAUCCGUCAGUGUUCAGCGCUGGAGAAUAUUUGUAUUUGAUAUGGAGUUAAUCUGAUGUGGGUUGUUACGUUUGUUCAAUUUGUGCUGUGAGACAUGAGUUUAUUGUUUUACAUAUAAACUUGUAUCAUGAAGUGUUUUUAAAUACACUAAAAAAAAUCUUGAAUAUUACACAAAUAUAUAUUUUGUAACGCUUGUGUGUAACGUGUGUAUGUUUUCUGGAAGAGUGUUUUGGUUGAGCAUCUAACUGGACAAUCCACAACACUAGGCAACAAAACACUUUUCAUUCUUUACUUUGUAGAUGCAAAUUAGUUACUGACUAUAACAUUCAAUAACUCUAGUUAUUUUUUCUUUGUUUUGUUUUUUGCAAAAACAAUAUAACUUGUAUUGAAUUUUAUUUGUGAAAUUAAAGGAAACGACACUUAAUCUCUA